UUUGGCAUUGUACAAAAAAUUGCUUCGUUAUUCAAACAGUUUAAAGUACACGGACAAGUCGUACUACUGCGCCAGAGUUAGGGGAGAGUUUGGGAAAAAUCGCAAUAUAUUGGACAAUUCUGUAAUCCAUUUUCAAUAUCAGAAAGGAUUACAAUUUCUCUCGCAGCGUCGACUUUUAUAACCAGUCCAUCAUCAUCAACCACUAUGGCCUUCAGAUUUUCAAGUUUUUGUUUUAAACCAACUGCGUUUUCUGCAAGCAAGGGGGUAAAUUUGUCGUCGUCGUCCUUGAAAAUGCCGUUGCUGUAUCACAUGUCUUAUGGGAAUGGGAACAGCACAAAAAUCAAUAGUUUAGUAGUAAAAUCGUCGUGGUCAUUAAGAUUGUUUACUCGAUAUCCUGCUUGCUUUACUUUUAGUCAUGAUAACACUGUUAGAUUUGUUCAUUUUCGCCAGUACGUUGGAGUACGCCACAAGCACACGGAUGGAAUCGAUAGGUCUCGUGUCCCAAUUGUAAACGAAGAAGAUUUAGAGGAAUGGUACAUCAAGGGAAGUGGUCCUGGUGGGUCAAAUGUGAACAAGCGGACAAAUUGUUGUUGUUUAAAACAUAUACCCACAGGAAUCGUAAUUAAAUGCCACCUCGCCCGCGAUUUAUCCCAAAAUCGGAAACUAGCUCGGACAAUGAUGGUCGAAAAGUUAGAUGACAAUAUAAACGGAGACAUGAGUGUAAAUGCACAGUUAGAGCGACGGGCGCAGAAAAAAAUCAACGAGUCAGUUGUACGCCACAAGAGAACUCUGGACCUCAAACGCAGAUAUAAAGAACUAUUAGAAAAUGAAAAUAGUAAGAAUGAUGACGAAAGAGUCAUACCGUCCGCGUCGGAAGAAGUUGCAACGAAGCAACAAUCAACUUGAUUAUAAAUACUGCACACUGACUCGGCACAGUUACAUAGUUAUGAUUAGUUUAAUUAAGUUAAUUAUUAUUGUGCACGUCAUGUUAUUUGAUAAAUGAAUUAAUGAUGAUGCAGAUUAAAUAGACAUAGUAAUUUAAAAGUCAUUGAGUAAUAAGGUCAGUUAUUUAUUUAUUGAAAGUUGCAAUGUAUUUCAUGAUUUUAUUUGCAGUACUAUAAUUUAAUAAGUAGAACAAUCAGUUGUUGAGUAUUUACGCGUGUAUGACAUAAAAUGGGCCUUGACUCUCUGUUUCAAAUUA